CUCAUACCCACUUGUGAUCGCACAUCCCACCGCCCUUUUGAUCCUUGGAUUCUUUGUAGGCGGGAGCGAAGUGGAUGAUUGCAAGCUCGCGCUGUGGCAUCGUCGCCUAUCCACGCAUAGACAGACCAAAGCUUUGUUUUGGCUUCUUGCUUUGCUUUGAACUAAAGAUUACCGCUGCACGGCCUUUUGAGCGACCAUUUAUCAAAGCUGCCUCUUUGUUCAGCGCUUUGCAUGGAGUGGUCCUAUCGAGAUUUGUCGCUAAAGAAGAUAAAGCCUACAGCGAUUACUUGCAGAGGACGGGAGCAAUCAUUCGUGCUUCAUUGUGAUCGAAGCAAUCAUUGGCAAUUUCCCUUUGCUUACCGAACCCACCACGGAUUGACCGCAACGGGGUACGCACUCGACGGCCACAUAGAAGAUGGAGGACGACGAGGCGCGGUCGCAUGACGGGCCGCACGUCUUUUCUUGCCCACCGCCACCGCCAGCCGCUUCCCCUCCCUAAUUCCCUCCGCGAUCGCGGGUUCCCCGCCCCGCUUCUCUCUCUCGUUUGGGCUUGCACCUGCGGUGGUAAGUCUCUUACUUUACUACCAAGGCUACCUUGAUGCCAGCUACACUCUUCGAUGUGACCCAGGAGACGGGGCAAGGCAGAUCUACUUCGGCAAUUCUUCUUCUUCUUCUUGCUGCAUUUUGCAUUUGUCACACCGAAAGAGAUUGAAUGCGAAGUUUCUUUCUCCCUCAACAUGAAGCCAUGAACUCAUGAGAACCGAGUACACUGUCUUGUUGUGAGAGUCAUCAAUUGCUACCACUUCUGUUGCGUCAUACAAGGAAGCUAGCUGCAGUCAAGAACAAUGAAAGAACUAUGAUAGAAAUGGGAUUCAAUCAGAGUGAGAAGAUGAGAUCACUUCAGCACCGUUCCUCAAAAUCAUCCAAGGAGAAAGGUCUCCCCUCGAGUGAAACCAAGAAUGCUCAUGUGUUAGAGAAGGUUGGAACUCUUAAAACCGAAAGGCUUCGAAAGCCAUGGCCUCGUAGGAAUGCGACCGGGAUCGAAGGACCAAUUAAGAACAUGUCGAAUGUACCUUAUUAUCUUCAGCGCAAAGAAAAUGGAGAUAAUAUUCAUGAAAAGGCACUGAACUUUGGAGUACUGGAUUGGGGGCUUCUCGAGAGAUGGGCAUACCACCAAAGAAGUGUCACAGAUGUGGGUGGUGGAGACUCUGCAUCAAGUAGCACCAUGUCAUCGACAUUUUCUACAUUUGGUUCUUCAAACCAAUCUUGUAGAACCAUGUCUAGUUCUCGAGGGAAGAAAUCUCCUUCAGCGUUUCAUCGUAAGAAACCACCUGUUCUGGACAGUUCAAUUAAGAUGUCUGAGAAAGAAAGCUCUGCACAUACAAAUGGCUUUUGUGGUUCAAGAAUCUCUUCUUCUUCUAAGUUUCCUGUCCAGCAUGAGAGACAUUCCGACAGAGAUUUUUGUUUAAUCGUUGACCACAAACUUGGUACAGAUGACAAUAAAAAUUUGGAUUCACAAGCCAUUUCAAGUGAAGUAUGCGUAGCUCUGCAUUCUGCAACUUCGCCUUCAGGAUAUAAGAUUGAUGACUCUCCUGCAACAAAAGUGGUGGAGGACCAAAACAGUAGCCUGAUGAAAGCAGAAAUGCCACAGGAUUACCCUCAUAGCCUACCCAUAGCCGAUGAUAUGCCAUGGUUAUCCCUGGAUCGGAGAGUAAGAUGGGGUUAUCUUCGACAGAGUGUGGACGGCGGAUGUCUUAAUUCUGAUUCCCCGUUAACUAGUGAUGGCUGGCUGGAUGAGCGGAAUGGCAACAAUUAUUCACGCAGUUUAGCUGAAGAUGUUGAGAUCAUCCGACAGUAUCCUCAUGUUCCGCAUUCAUGUCCUCUCCCACGGACAAUUCUGAAAGAUGAACCUGAUAUAUCCUGCACUCUUCCGUCGGAAAGUUCAGGACCAACCGAAAAAUUAUUUCCUAUAGAUCCUUGCAAGCAACUUGAAGUUAACACAAUCCAAGAAUCUAGAAAAUCUGGGGCAAAAGCUAUGGCUGUGACAGGAAAGAAAUCAUCUGACCAUCCAACUAGUGUUGGUUUAAGCCGAAUGAGCAGAAGUUGUAGAUUGAAGGAGGGUUCAUCUGAAGAACAAUUCGAGACAAUUUCUUAUCUAUAUAAUUCACAGGGAGAUCAAGCAACCAGAAAUAACAAAGGCCGGCAAAGCCCACUGAGGAGGAUACUUGAUCCUCUAUUUAAGCCAAAGAACAAUCUUCGUUUGACUGGGAUAGCUGCAGCCUUACCGGGCCGCCAUUCCUGUGAACUAAGUAGAACCGUCAAAGCAUUCCAUGGAUUGCACAAGCCAUCAAGAACAAGUGUUGAUUCUACGUGCCAGCCUAGGAGAAGCAUGAACGCUUCAAAUAGAUUGUCCAUCAAUGGUAAAGGAAUACAUCAGGAUGAAAAGCAUAUGGCAUCAGUGAAGCAAGCAUUUCUUCAACUUGCUUGGGAAAAUGGAUAUCCUUCGUUUAUAAUCUCGUCUUGCGACAGUGAGGUACUGGCAGCGACGACAACAACGACAAGUGUCAGCAAUGAUGAUGGCCUUGAGUGCAUAUAUAAGCUAUUCUCCAUUAAAGACUCUAAGAAGAAAAGCAUGUUCUGGAGCAACCCUGUAAGCAAGGGCAAGAAGCAUCAGCUGACCUCCAAUGUUGUUGGCCAGCUGAGGGUUUCACUUUGCAAGUUGAGGAGCUACCAGUAUGACAAUUCUCAUGUCGUGAGAGAGUUUAAUCUGUUUGGUGCUGAAUCCACACCAACAUCUCACAAACCUGUUGACAAUCCAAUUGAGAGCGAGCUGGCUGCCGUCGUCGUUAAUCUACCACUGGAAAGGCCAAAAAGUACAAAUGUUGGUGAUUUGCGCUGCAGUGAAUUCACAAGUGCUCCGAACGAAGAGAAACGUUUGCAGACCGAUCGGCAUGAUGUUGCUGUAGAUCGAUCUGGUGUAUCUGUCAUACUUCCGAGUGGUGUUCAUGGAUUGUCAACCGAUGGUGAGCCCUCACCUCUGAUAGAAAGAUGGAGAUCAGGAGGAGCUUGUGAUUGUGGUGGUUGGGAUGAGGGUUGCAAGCUAACCAUUCUUAGCGACAAGCUCCAAGAGUGCACCUCUGGUUCAUUCCAAGAUCGUCAAACUACAGACCGUACUUACAGAUUUGAGCUAUUCAUUCAGGGUGGAUCUCAAGAAAAAAGACAUGCCUUCAGCAUGGUUUCUUUCGGAGACGGGCGGUAUGCUGUCGAUUAUCUAUCUUCCAUUUCUCUGCUUCAGGCUUUUGCAAUCUGCAUAGCAAUCCAUCAUGGCAGGAAACCUGACAAUUCUUCAGCAGAACCAAAAAGCUUCCGGGAACAUGAUGUCGUCUGUGGUCAGUCAGGGAGAGCUCUUAGAGCCCAAGGUGAUCAUGCUAGCUAUGUACCAAAUCAUCCCCCUCUUUCUCCCGUUGGAAGAGCUUAAUCGUCUCCAUGGUACAUUAUAGCCUGGGUCGUGGUACUUCUGAACAUGUUUCUUCCCCAAUUAGCCUGUUCAUUGUGGUAGAGGUGAAAGGAGCACUACAAAGUUGCGUCCAUAGUCUAUACAGAAAACAAUAGCAGUACACUGGGAAAUAAGGUACUUCCAUCAGUAUUAUUGUCAUUUAGCAUCCUAAUAUAUCGACUAUAUAACUAUAGA